AUGGCAUCCCUUCAAGUGCGCUGGCCGGAGACUUCGGUUACCAAGCAAAAGGCCAUUGACGAUGCGGUCAAGAUGCAGAAGAGAGUUGUGGAAGACUGCAACAAGGGAGGCAAAGAGCCGCCACCUUAUCAACUGUCGGAACUCAUCGGCAAGGGCAGUUUUGGCCGAGUCUACAAAGCAACUGCACUGAAGACGAAGCAGCUCGUUGCGGUCAAGAUCAUCGACAUUGAUCAGAGUGACACAAUGGACCCACGACUCGCAGAUACUUACAGUGACCUUCUGAAAGAGAUCAACGCGCUUCAGAUGCUGGGACGGACAGGAGCCAAGAACGUCAACCUGGUCAUUGAAGCCCUUCCUGUGGCCCAGUCGAUGUGGAUGAUCACCGAGUAUUGCGCCGGAGGCAGCGUGUCGACCCUCAUGCAGCCCACGGCACCUGGAGGAUUGCAAGAGAAAUGGGUCAUCCCGAUCUUGCGUGAGACAGCCGAAGCAAUAUUCUGGGUCCACGGCCAAGGCAUCAUCCAUCGAGAUAUCAAAUGCGCCAAUGUCCUGGUCACCGAGCCGGGCGACGUCCAGCUUUGUGACUUUGGCGUGGCAGGAGUCAUCGAGACCAAAUUCGACAAGAGGACCACAGUGAUCGGUACACCGCACUGGAUGGCGCCGGAACUGUUUGAUGAUUCAGCCUCAUAUGGAACUGAGGUCGACAUCUGGGCCUUUGGUGCCAUGGUGUACGAAAUCGCAUCGGGACUCCCUCCCAAUGUCCAUGCAGGCAUGGACUUCUCCAAGCUAGGCAACUACCUGAAGAAUAACACCCCUAGGCUUGAGGGCGACCAGUAUUCCCCGGGACUGAAGGAUCUGAUUUCGUACUGUCUGCAGCAUGAUCCGGCGAAGAGACCCAACAUCAACCAGAUUCAGCGUCACGGAUAUAUCCACAACACCAGUGAAGCGUAUCCGACAAACACAUUGUCCCACCUCGUCAAGGGCUUCAAGCUGUGGGAAUCACAGGGAGGUGCACGCAGGUCUCUGUUCGGCCUAGGUGGUGCGCAGGCGCCCGAUGACCUCGAUUUGGCCGCGAUGCCUAACGACGAAUGGAACUUUAGCACCACCGCAGACUUCGACCGGCAAGUGUUCAAAGACGGUAACGCCCAAGACGUCUUCGACGCGUACGGCAACAAUGUCGACUACAGCCAGGAAAAGUCGUUCGAGGCGACGGCGCGGCCACAGCAACAAAAGGUCAAGGGACGUAGACGUCCGCCCCCACAGCUACCCUCGAUCAAGGCGCCUCUAGAAAAGAUCUUUGACCCGAACACAAUGUCCAAUUAUGAGGACAAUUCAAGAACAUACUAUGGCAGGCUGGGCCCCUUCCCAGAGAAUGAAAUGUACCCCCCGCCAACCUCAGAUCUACCCCUACGAAAUGACUCAGCACCAGCCCCCGAUGUGCGCGAAUCCCUCAUUGACCUAGACGCGUCGCUAGAUGGAGGUGACUUGGCAAGCUUUGUCGAUCUGAACACAAUACGGGCAGGCGGUUCACGUACGUCUCUGGACUACAACGACUAUGGCGGUCCGCACAAUUACGACGACGCACCGCUCAGUGAUCCCGUCGACGGCGGGAAAGGAGACCGGCGGACGCAAGACUGGAAGUUUCCUUCUGCGGCGCCGCAGCCACCCGCCUCAGCAAACCCCGAGGUAUUCAGAUUCCCGGCGACCGAUGCCCCCGCGAACCCGGCGGCCUUCAAGUUCCCCAUGACCGACGACCCGGUCCCCAGCGCGGGCCGACCAUCACUGCUCCAUCGCCCCACGGAGCCCAUUCCCGCGUCGGCGACGUUCAACGACCUGGCGCCGUCUCAACCGCACCACAUGGACAACCGCGCCUCCGUGGGCAGCCUCAUUGACCUGGACAUGGGCCUCGUAGCCCCCAUACCCCAUUUCUCGCGUCCCUCCAACGACUGGACGAGGCCUUCAACGUCUCACUCGGAGGCAGGAUCCGUCAGCGGCUCUGAAUUCGGCAGCGCCAACCCCUUUGAGCUCGAGAAGCACACUUCGGUCUAUGCCACACCAUCGACGUAUCGCGAGCCGUCGAUAUACGUCUCCGACGACUCGGAGUUUGCCAACGCCGUCGCAGAUAUACCAUCCUUCCAGGAUCCCCAUGCUCAGGAUCACGACCUGACCAAGAUACCGGUCACCGAGCAAGCACGGCCGUAUUCGUUAAGUCAAUUCGCCGACAUGGACCCCGAGGAUAUGGAUGGCCCCACGCCUCAGGCGGGAGGACCGCAAGACUUAGCUUAUUUCCCGCCAUCGCUGUCGCAGCAGCACCUGCAGCAACAGAUGGACCAGCCUCUGCAGAACAACGGGCCCAUGUUGCCCCUACUGCCCAUGGCGCCCUCACCGCAGGUGUUGCAGGGUCAGGCUUCGAAUCACGAGGUCAAGGAGGAGCUUCGACGGAUGGCCAUGUGUCUCGAGGAUCACCUCCAUCAUCUGAACGUCUACCUAGAUGGGCUGCCGGUGAGGAACACUGGCUCAACUAGAUCCGAGUCAGGAAGCGAGGCUAUUUGA